ACCACAUGUGUUUUAAUAACUGUAUUCAAUACAUUUGAGAGGUGUACAUAUAUUUGUAUAGAGGUUAUAAAAUAGUUUUGUUAGUAAAAAUAUAAAUAUUAUUACAUAUUAGUUAAAAAUGCGUAUUGAAACGUGUUAUUUUUGUUCCUCACGAAUAUAUCCAGGACAUGGAAUCCAAUUUGUAAGAAAUGAUUGUAAGAUAUUCAAAUUUUGUCGAUCAAAAUGUCAUGCAGCAUUUAAGAAAAAGAAAAAUCCAAGGAGAACAAGAUGGACAAAAGCAUAUAGGAAAACAGUUGGAAAAGAGCUUGCAGUGGAUCCAGCAUUUGAUUUUGAAAAGAAACGCAAUAUUCCUGUUAAAUACGAUAGACAGCUUUGGUCUAAAACGAUAGAAGCAAUGAAAAAAGUUGAAUCUAUUCGACAAAGAAGGGUUAAUACACAUAUCAUGCAGAGAUUAAGGAAAGGAAGAGAACUUGAACAAGAGAGAGAUAUCAAAGAAGUACAAAGAGAUUUGUCACUCAUUAAAUCUCCAGCUGCUGGUCUUAAAGAAAGAAAAACAAUUGCUGAUAAUCAAGAGCAUGAUGAACCAAUGGAAGAUUCUGACAAUGAAUCAAUGGAAGCUGAACCUAUUGCUAUUGAAAACUAAAUUAUUGAAUAUUAUUUAUUUGAUUAUCAUCUAUUAAGUUUUUACAAACACGUUUGUAUAAUAAACAGAAUAAACUUUUAGUUAAAAUCAGUAAAAAAAUCCAUCUAUAAUUAUACAAUAAAUAACAAUAAAUUUUGUAAUU